UUAGCUUUUAGGGUAAAGAAAUUUGUUUUCUCACGACGUGUUACGUCCAUCGCAGCCAUAGAUUUAAAGAAGACGAAAUAAAAGCACCUAUACCUGACAUAAAUGUGAAACCUCCUCCUAUGGCAGAGGAUACCACAGAGUUUUCAACGACUAAGAUGCAAGAAAAGAAGCUUUCCCAGAAAUCAGCUCAAGUUGGUGAUAAUAAUGCCCAGUCAUCGACAGAUAUUUGGAGGGAAUUUGUGAACGGUACAACACUUCAUGGCAUUCGAUAUGUCUUCAUGAGGCGUCAGAUCUUCAUUCGCCUUAUCUGGAUGAUAAUGUUGUUGAGCUCUGGUGGUUAUUAUAUUUCCACCGUUUACGGCGCUUUCGCCAAAUACUACGAUCGACCAGUUACCACUUUAGUAAGCAGAAACCGCCUCAAAGAGAUGGAUUUUCCAGCUGUAACGAUCUGCCCACUCAACCUUUUCACCAAAAGCAAGAUAUUUAUGAAAGAUGAUGAUCCACUGUUUGCGUCCAGCGGCUUAAACAUCAGUACAUGUGCUGUGACUGCAGAAGUUCGGGGCAAUCGGCCUUGCGGAUUGUCUAUACUUUGUUGUUGCUUUCCGGCAGAUUUGGAAACUGAUUUGCCAUUUUGCGAAAGUCAAUACAAACAAGUUCUCUUAAAGGUAAUGCUGCAGCAAUCUAAUCGUCUAGACGUUGAAAAUUUUUUUCGGCUCUACAGCCAAAAUACAACCUCCAUGAUUGGACCAUUGUGCACAUUCGGCUGGGACGACGCUGCUUGCUCUCCGGCAGAUUUUGUCCCCGUAGUAACCCCUUGGGGUAUGUGCUUCACCUUUAACUCGGGUACUGACAAUGAAGUGAAAAUAUCGAAAACUGCCGGAGUUUCCUCUGGGCUGUCAGUCAUUCUCGACGCACAAACUCUUGAGUAUACCCAAGGAAAAUUUUCAGAAGGAUUCAAGGUGUUGAUACAUGGGCAAGGUGAAUACAUUGAUGAAUGGGAAGGAAUCAAUGUGGGACCAGGACAGCACGUAGUUAUUUCUCUUUCCCAGAAACGGUAUCAGAACCUUGAGAAGCCAUACGCAACCAACUGCACCAAGAAAGAGUUGAAUACCUAUUUUACGUACACGACAGAAGGAUGUCUUUAUGAAUGUCUGGCUGACAACGUUAUCAACUAUUGUGGCUGUCGACCCGCUGGUUAUAAAGUUACCUCUGGGACACCCGGGUGUAUAUCAUCCGAAGAGCUUCUUUGUGUUGAGCAGAUAGCAGACUGUCAAGUUCCCUGUUCUCAAACUAAACACCAUCCUGAGGUGUCCUACUCGAAAUUUCCUGAUGCAGGUACAGCCGACUCGUUCAUAAAGUCUGGUUACUAUGCCGAUAAACAGUACCAGAGAGAUAAUCUUGUACUUUUACAAGUUGGUUUCAAGUCUUUGAGUUAUGAGAUGCAGGAACAGCAGCCAGCUUACGACAGCAAUUCAUUGUUUGGUGAGAUUGGUGGUAACAUGGGACUCUUCUUGGGAUGCAGUUUGUUGACCAUCUGCGAGUUUCUUGAUUUCCUAAUUAGUUUCCUAAGUGCACGAAAUCGUCAUGUUACCCAUUCAUAACAAGUGCUUUUGAUCGAAAAAAAGCUUUUUAGGAUCUGCGGAUCUAUUCUUACAGCUAUUCUUUGAUUAUAAAAUAGGUUAACAUAAGGCAAAAUCAUUUAAUUGUGAAUUUUUAACCUCAUUAUUUUGGUACCCUGUCGAAGUUAUAACCGUUGUUAUGAUCAUUUGACUUUCGAAACUUUACCAUUGUCUCAGCUUUACAACAUACUUUGCUUUUAUGGAGCUAAUUGUGCUUAUUCCAGUUGAAUUCAUUACAGUACUAAUAGUUUUUUUGAAGUGAGCUAGUAAAAGUGAAAAUGGAUACUGUGUAAUCCUAAGAUCUCAAAGAAGAUCUAGAUUUAUAAAUAACACUAUUAAGUAGCCUGAACUCUGCAUAUUUUCUUUCAAAUCAUCACAUCUUUGUUUUCUUGGUGGAAAAUAGUUAAAAAAUCUAUGCUAAUUAGAAAUGAUGUAAACAAAAGGUUGCACUGAAUCUUUUGAUCUCCACUAAUUUGAUGAUCCACCUCGACAAAAGUUACUUUAUUCCUGGUUGCCAUAUUUUGCUCAUCCAUCGUGUAAUUUGGUCAGACUUAGAGAUAACUCCAUCCAAAGGAAAUAAUAAAAUAAUUAACAAGGCAAUAAACUAGUUGUUACAAGGAGGGAUAAGGAACUGAGUUGAAGCAAUGUCUUCUGAAAUGGAUGAUAGAACCUGGAAUCCUUCACAUCAUGCUUUCAUCUCAGCGACCUUAAUAUUAUAAUAAUUUGGAUAUAUCAACAAAGU